AUUAUUGUUACCGGUUUCCAAAUUCCAAGCUGCUUGCUGCUCUCUCCUCUCAGUAGACUGCACUAUACGGAGUAUAAUCUAUUAGCUAUUAUACGGAGUAUUAUAUAGUAGCAACGGCGAAUCAAAACGGUGAGUACCCACCCUGUGUCCCCAAUCCGAGUUCAAUCGCCGGAAAAUGCAGCCUAACUCCGCGGAUUCCGACCUUCCACGCCUUGCCAACGUCAAAGUCCGUUCAUCUUCCCCGCGUUUUCCGCCUCCCGCCACCCCGUCUUCCACCGAUACCCCCACGGCCGGAGCCCAGCGUAAGAUCGGCAUCGCCGUAGACCUCAGCGACGAGUCUGCCUUCGCCGUCAAGUGGGCGGUCCACCACUACCUCCGUCCCGGGGACGCCGUCAUACUCCUCCAUGUCCGCCCCACCUCUGUUCUCUAUGGAGCUGACUGGGGUUCUGUUGACCUCUCCAUCGUCGACACUGAAAACGAGGAGUCGCAGCAGAAGCUGGAGGAUGAUUUCGACACUUUUACUACUACUAAGGCCACCGAUCUGGCUCAGCCGCUGGUGGACGCGCAGAUUCCGUUCAAAAUCCACAUCGUUAAGGACCACGAUAUGAAGGAGAGGCUCUGCCUCGAGGUCGAAAGGCUGGGACUCAGUGCCGUCAUCAUGGGGAGCCGUGGAUUUGGGGCUACUAAGAGAGGAAACGACGGAAGGCUUGGCAGCGUUAGUGAUUACUGUGUUAGACAUUGCGUUUGCCCUGUAGUUGUUGUUAGAUAUCCCGAUGAGAAGGACAGUGGAAAUGCUAGUGGUGAACCUAUUGUCUCUGUUGCCUCAGUGGCCGAGGAGGAAGCAGAAGACGAGCCGGAGUACCAUGAUGCUCAUGAUGAUCGAAAAGAUUCAUAAUAGAAAGCUGAACCCAACUUCACACACCCUUCCGUGAUAGGAGUAUCAAGGCAAUGCAGUUUACAAAGUAUAACCAUGGUGUAUGAUACUUGUGACUGAUCAGACACUUGUGAUGCAUGAAAUCAUGUUAAUGUAAAUAAACUGUGGUUGAUGUUUCUCCCAUCCUCAUAUAGUCUGGUUGUCACAGAUUUCCUGUGAACUGUAUUAAAUGUUUGGCUUGGUGUUGUUUAUUCCGGAUUAGCAUCAUAUAUUACUUGUGUUUUUCACUGAUGAAAAUGGAUCAUUGCUAUGCACGUUUUCAUUCUCUGAA